CCGGCCCCCGCGGCCCCGGGCGCGGCCCCCGGCGGCCGCUCCGCCCGCGCCCCGGGGGGACCGGACGCCUCGGCGGCAGCGCGCAGCUGAGUCCAGUGUGGUUCCUGGCCCGAAGAAAACCCAUCAGUGGUGAUGCUGCAGGAGAGGUCUCACGUGGGGCCCUCGAUUGGAAGGGCAGCUCUGCACUUCUGUAGCUGAUGGGAGAGGACAACAGCUUGGUAACAGGAGCUACCAAGAGCUGGCAGGAUGAGUUACAGCUCACCCUCUGUGCAUGACUUGCAUCACAGCACCCCCACCACGGCCAAGCCAGACCCAGGGACAGCUCUGGACGUGACUGUACCACAAACAGCCACCAUAAGCCCUGAGACUACGAGUUUCAACAGCACCAAAAUCCCAGAUAUGGCCAGCACUGGACCUGGCAUGAGCACCAUGCUGCUUUCCUUUGGGAUCAUUACUGUGAUUGGGUUGGCUGUAGCAAUGGUUCUGUAUAUCAGGAAGAGGAAGAGGUUGGAGAAGCUACGGCACCAGCUCAUGCCCAUGUACAACUUUGAUCCCACCGAGGAACAGGACGAGCUGGAGCAGGAGCUGCUGGAACAUGGCCGAGAUGCAGCAUCUGCCCAGGCAUCACAGAGCAAGGUGCUGCUGUCGAGCCAGGGAGCCCUGCAGAGACCCAGCCGCCUCGUGUUCACUGACGUGGCCAACGCCAUCAAUGCAUGACCAGGACCUGCCCUGCUCCGGGAUCCUGCUGAGAACAAGGAUGAAGCCAACAAAGCAGUGACUUCCCUCAAGCAUGGCUGAUCCACUGAGCCCAGCUGGUCACCUGUUGGUUUGUGUUACUCAUGGGCACAGGAAGCGCCAUCACUCUGGGAAACAAACCCUUUGUAAGGGCAGUGGUGAUUUUCUGGUCUGUGUGUGUUACCACUAAAAGCUCCUGAGCUCCAGUUUCUGGGCUGGCACUGUCUGACAGCACCUGCCAAACUUUGUGCUUAGGAACAGUGCCUGCUUUGUGUAGAUUAACCUGUCAGAACAGAGAGCUGUGCUCUCUAGGUCAGGGAAGGAGAGAGGUGCACAUUUCAGAGAACUUCUCCACUGGCCCCAAGGAAAGCGAUGGAUGAGCCUCUUUGAGCCAGGUGAGCUGCCUGCCCCAGCUGAAGGGUGACCUGGGGCACAGCAAGGAGAACACAACCAUGGGAUUAUCCCCUCUCAGGCCUGUGGCUGCUGGUAAAUGUGCACCAGGGUGGUGUUGAAGCAUGGGGGAUUCACUGGCUUGAAAAAGUGAAACAGUGAAGAUUUGUCUGAUAACAUCUUAAUCUGAGGAAUAUUUGGCUGAAUAUCCCAAAAUUAGAGCUACUGUAUAGACAGAGGGGAUUUCACACAGCUAGAGCCAGGGACUAUCUCUAUCUGGCUAUGUGAGCCCUGCUGCUGAGCUAGGAAUAAGAGUGCUUGGGCCACAAAGAGGAGUUGAGCAGAACUAGGGUUCCAAUACCAUUUAUCCCUUCCUGCUUUGGCUCAGGGAAGUUUCUACAGUGCAGAGCAUUAUCCAGGAAAUAAGACUAUGCUUUGAAAUACUUUCUUUUAAAAAAGGAAAAACAUGAAUUGGCACAACAACAGCCCAGUGUCUGUCCCCGGAGAUGACUAACAGCUGGUUUGUACUUCCUUACCUGCCAGGACCUGCAGUCAGAACCUUCUCUUCUUCCUGCUGAAGGGAACACAGAGCUUUGCAUUAGCUUCUGCUCGAGUUACCUGCUAGGAACAGGUAGGUGGGACUAGACAGGUAAGCCAGGGGUUUUCCUGUAGCCCUGAAGCAUCUCUCUGCCUGUGCAUCCUUCAGGGCUGCAGGAGGAAGAGAGUGCCAAGGGGUCUGGCCACCUUGGCAUGUGGCAGUGCAGUGUGGGGGUCUGUUGGCUGAAAGCCUUUUGGUGGGCACUGGCCCUGAGUGCUGCAGACCAGCACAACAGCGAGGGAGCAGCAUCAGUGCCCAGCCAUGCCCUGAUCACCUCCUCAUUUUUGUGUGGUUACAGCCAUUUGUCAAUCAGAUUUUAUUCCAUCCACAGCACCAGUUAAAAGGGAAUCAGGGCAAGCCAAGAUUUGAAUGCAGAUCUAAAGCUUUAUGCAAGGAGUUGUUUCAGAGUGGCAAUUCAGCUAUCAUGUGCUUUGUUGCAAGUUUGGACCUGCCAGUUAAUUUUUGUUCUCCCAAAUAUUUUCUUUUCUUCCCCUGUGUGAUUGUUUUUCCAUAUUCAUUAAAUGCAGACUCUUUCCUGGGUCUGUGCCCCUGCCCCUGCAGGGCACAGCUCCUUAACAGCCUUCCCUCUUGCAGCUUCCCUCAGGGCAGCUUUGCAGGGCCAAGUUACUUUAGUUUUUCAGUAUCCAGCUGUCUUUUUAGAACUAGGGAUUUCUGGGAGUAUAUUAGGGGUUGGAGUGUGAAAAACAGCCCGGUCCUCAGUGCCAGGAGAUGUGGCAGGAGGCACUCCCAGGCUGCUGCUGUUUGCCCCUGGGGAUGCUGCUGGAAGGAAGGUGCAUGGGUACAAAUACUCAGUGUAAUGCAGACUAGGUCCUUAGAAUUUGGAGUCUGUCUGUGGGUGUUCCCAGCUAUCAGCUGAGAGACAAAUAUCUCCCAACACACACACACACACAGACUUCCAAGCUCCUGCAAGUGCUCACUGAGAGCAGCCACACAUCUGAUUUCUCCCUUCACUGCCUGUCCCCUUUCCAGGCUCUGCAGCAGCACAGGGAUGCACAUGGCAGUAGGGAUGUCCAGCUGUCUUAAAUUGCAGCAUUUUCCCUAGGAUUCUUGGGAUUGGAAUUUCAAUGGUUGUUAUAACUCAACAAAAUGCAAGUGUGAGCUGAGCUGUUUCCUCAAUGCCUCAGCCCAGUGUGUGCCCUUCUUCCAGCUCUGUGUGCUGCAGUGCAACAACAGACACACCAACACAGGAAUUCUCUUGAACCAUUCUCCCUGUGAUGGUAGGCUUUGUCCUGUGAUGACUGCCCUUAGAGUAAAGAAGUACAGAUAAUAAGAUUAAAAGAAUAUUAUGGGUAAUUGCUGGGCUCAUAUUCUUUUAGUUCCCUAGCGCCUCCUCUCACAGUUCUUGGAUGUAUAAUUUAGCAGAAGCAUUAUGAUGUAAUUUAAUUCAAGUGUUUCUGUGUUUUAAAGCAUUGAAAUAUAAUUAAACUAUUUACAUGAAA